AACAGUGAGUUUUCCCACCACAUAAUAAAAAGUGUGAAAAAAACGUCUCAGGUUUUAGUGGAAAAAGGAAAAAAACAUCUCUCCGUAUGUUGCUCGCUGCUCGAUUUUCACGAGAGCGUGAAUGUGUACAAUUUUCCAAAGUGUAUUGCUCCUUACUCCCUGAAAAGACCAAUCGACACAGGUGUCGAAGUGGCCUGUGGCCUGUGGCAUCCUGGCAGUCCUGCUAGCAUCAGUAUGCAUGAUUAGCCCCUAGACCCUGUGAGGGCAAAGCUGGCUGACGAGUAAGUGAAUUUGCGUGAGAAAAAAAAAGUAAAACCAAAAAAAAAGGCUAGAAAUCCCACAGGGGAAUAAAGAAUUUGAGGAUUGGGUGGACAGAGUGAGAGAUAGCCAAGUGAGUUCCCGCGAGUUUUCACAGGGCUUUGGAGAGUGGCAAGCGUAUGACUUUUUUUGCACUUAUUAUCACCUCCUCGGUUGCCCUUUACCUCACCAAAACGUGAAUAUCUGGACUAUUUUGAGGUGUAAUGAUUGUUGAACAAACGGACUACAUGCUUUGAGAAAUUAGUGAUGAUUUUUUAAAGUGAAUUAAGUGAAUUGAGUGGUUGUUUUCCUGUGCAUCCAGUGAGUGUGUUGAUGACCGAUUAGAAUGGUAGUCGCGCGCAUCUCUUACACCGCUCAGUUGACAAAAUAAAGUUGAGGAUAAAUAAAUAAUUGGUAAAAGAAGAAGGAGGCAUAGAUAAUAUUUGGUGCUUAUUGCAAGUGGAGGAUGUGAAGGUUGGUGCUCCAGUCGAACCAUCGAGCAUUGGUGUUAACAAUUGUAAAAAAGGGUGGAACCACCAGGUGACGGAGAGUUGGGUCUUGGUCCACCUGGUUGCGAUGUGGAGGCGUCGUGGAUGGUUACUGGGCGUCCUGGAUAUUCCAGCAGGUGUUGGCGACACGAGAAAUUCUAUUGGAAUGGAUUCGCUUGGAAUCACUCAUCGCUGCAAUUCUCCACUACUCAUACCAAAUUAACGGAUAUUCUUCUCAAUUGAAUUGCCGAAUUAUCAUUUUUCCCACUGUCCACAUGCUUUUUAUCCCCUAUUAAACUUCAUUUCGCAUUGUCGCUAGCUGGUGAAAUUCUAGUAGAACGUAGGACAAUUUUGCCCGCCACAAGGACGGGUGGUUAUGUUUCCCACUUUCAUCGGAAUACUAGACAUACAAUCGUGGUGGGAGGUGCCGAGUAUAGCACACUUCUGCUCGUUAUUUAGGGCUGCCUUCAAUCUCCUGGACUUUGAUAUUGAGGAUCUUGAAGAAGCUUUGCUGACAGACGGUGGUACUGAAGGAAGAUUACUGCAAGAAUUAAUUGUUCGAUUGUUGGAGGGCUGCUUGCCCAAUGAAUCGCGAAAUGACAUCUCCACCUUCAAUUAUCAGAUGUUCCUCCGUCGAUUAUUUCGAAAAAAGUGCCAGGAUCACAAAUACGAGAACCCCUUCAACACAGAUGUAGACUUCGAGCUUCUUCCACUCCGUCAAAAAGUUGAGAUCCUCUGGAGCCUCUGCGAUUUCCGUCUGGACGCUGAGGACGUUGAGUUAGCCUUAGCCAACCUAGACUCAGACAGUCUCCGCGUUGAACCAUUGGGUCAUGACCGUAGCAAUUCCGCUUAUUGGUAUUUCUACGGUACCCGUCUCUACAGAGAGGACUACAUCAGUCCCAACAAGGCCCUCUCCCCUCGCCACAACCGUCGAGCACGUGACAAAAAACGUAAAAAACGACGUGUCAGAGGUGAAAAGCUGGUGGAGAAAGACGAGGAGGAGGAAGAGGAAGUGGAGGAGGAAGGGCUGGAGGAGGGCAAGGAGGAGGAGAAUGAGAUUAAUCACUUAAUUUCGGUGAAUGCUCAUGACAGUCGUACAACAGUUUGGCAGGUAGUGUGCUUUACUCAGCAGGACUGGUCGCGUCUUGUCGAGAAAUUCAAGAAUUCCGAAUACGACACUGAAAGAAAAUUAUACCAUACCCUGUCCGAAGAUUUUCUUCCAGAAAUUCCCAAGCUCUUUGAGCUCAAAGAGAAACAGCAGCGUCGUCGCCUGCUGGAGAGAAACACUCGGGUCCAGCGAGGACAAGAGCCAGCUGAGCCCACAGAAGAGGCCAUAAUGGUCCGAGCAAAAAUGAAAACAAAGGCGAAAGCCACAAGGAAAAUCCAAUCGAGUAAAAUUGGAGAUAGUGAGGACGAGCCUCCACCUACCCCUGCCCCUGCCCCUACCCCUGCCUCAGCCCCUGCCCCUGCCCGUGCGCCUGCCCCUGCUCCCCCUCAGAGAAAAGGACGCCAGACCAACAACUCACUGGCUUCGGCUGACGGUCAAAUUGUCAUUCACACCAGAGAUGAGCUUGAUGGAGCUCCGAAAAAAGGACUCCCCAAGCACAUUAGCACCUACACUUCCUCUUACCCUUAUACAUUUGGUAUCGAGGAAGAGGAACGUCGAGUCGGCAUGCACAAAGUUCUGGAGAGCCUCAAGGACCACGUCGAUGCCUGGCCAUUCGUUGAUCCCGUCGACGAGGAGUAUGCACCACGAUACUACUCCGUUGUGAGAAAACCUAUGGAUCUGUCGACGAUGGAGGAGAAACUCGAGGGCGGUUCCUACAAAAAUCUCAGUCAAUUCAAACGUGAUUUUCGAUUGAUCGUCGACAAUUGCAGACAGUACAAUGGCUCUGACAACGAGUACACAGAGAUGGCAGUCAACUUAAAAGAGGCAUUUGAUAGAGCUGUUGAUCGUUAUCUGGAGUCUGAGCUCUCUAGUGACGAGUGCCCUUCAGUUCCUGCAUCACCAAAUGCUGUUCCAUCCUCACCUUAUCCGGCUCGUGCUUCCUCAUCACCUUCUUUAUUAAGCAGUACACGUAAGCGUAAUAAAAAAUCAAAGCAAAAAUCUAAAUCAAAUAAAAAUGAGAAAAAGUCAAAGGGUAAGGUGAAGAAUGACGAAGAGGAGGAAGAGGAAGAAGAAGAGGAAGAAGAAAGUCCUAGGGAUAAGAGGGGAAAGAAGAGAUCAAAACGUGCUAAGGAAGAGGAAGAGCGCAAUGAGGAUAACGAUGAUGAGGGUGAUGAGAAUGGUGCAAUAUCAGAAAGUUCUGUGAUAAAAUCAAAACGAAAAAAGUACAGUGAAGUUGAGGGAUUGUCACCCAAAAGUAAAAAGUUAUCGGCCAAAGAGGAGAAAUCCGAGGAGAGUAAUAAACGUGGGAAGAAUCGACAGAAAGAACCGCUCACUAAAAAUACUAAAGAACAUAGAGAAAGUAGGAAAAAGAAGGAGGACUUUGAGGAGGACCAUGAGCCGCUUAUCUACAUUAAGAAUAAGAGUAAAACUAAGAGUAAGAGUAAAAGUAAGAGUAAGAGAAUUGAGAAAAGAGGAAUUGAAGAUAAUGCAGAUUUGAAUGAUAGAAGUAGAAAGAAAGUGAAGAAACCAGAUAAAAUAGUGGAUGAAUCGGAUGACGAGAGACUAGCAGAGAUCGAGGAGAAUGGCAAGCAGACGUCGGAGAAAAAGAAAAAUCGUAACAAGAAGGACAAAGUAACUAGCCAGAAGCCAUCAAAACUCGAAGUCAAACAUGACCGUAAAGUCUCGAAGGAGAAGGAGAAGGAGAAGGAUAAGGAGAAGGAGAAAAAAUCAAAACCGAAGAAAGCAGAAGAACGACCCAAGAACGGUGAAGUCAAGAAGCUGGAAAAAGAAAUGAAAAAAGAAGACUCAGCAUCUAAAAAAUUUGAUUCAUUAGUCAGCAAUAAAGACCUGGAGUCCCUGGACUCUUUAAAGGAUCGAAUAAGUGAACGAAGACGAGAGGACAAGCUCAAACUCGAAAGGGAGAGAGCCAAAAGAUCCACGAAAAUUGAAACUGAGAAGAAAAAAGUGCCUUCAAACGGUAAUACCUAUCACGAGAGUGGUAAGGUGAACCUUAAACGAGCUAAACUUAAAAAACCUGUUAAAGAUGACAAAGUUUUACCGAUUAAGGAUGAAAGUGUUGAAAUUAAAAAAACUAAAUUGGCACAUGGUAAAAAUAGAGAAGAGAGUCCUGCAAUACAAGCACUGAAUCAGGCGACCGAACAAACUUUGAAUGACAUCAAUAAAUGGUUAGAUGAUGCGCCCAAGUUAUCCGAGUUCUCAUCAGGCAGUGAUUCGCCUCAGACCAAGCAGCCAUCGACAAGUGAAAUAUUGUCUCGUAUUGGGAGGACUGAAAUUCCUCGUAAACGCCCGGGGAGUAUUAAAUUUUUGGGUCCAAAUGGUCCACCGCGACCGAAGAAAGUCCAGAGAACCAUCGAUAGACUUCAGCCUGGCAAGGCAAAGGGUAAUUUAUUACUAAAGAAACCAUUGUCCAGUGUAAGCAACUCGACUGACACUUCAACAAAUCAAUCGAUCUCGGACAUGGAUCAUCCGAGCAAGGAUAGCACUGACGAACCAAAACUCAGUCUCGGUACUGUUCUUAAAAAUUCCGACUCCAUUCAGCUCAUGUGUAAGAGCUUAGUAGCCUCACCAAAUCCGAAUUUAUCCAACGAAGAUGAUGAAGACGAUCGUCCAGUUGUCCCCGUCUCAAAAAAAAUCCAAGACCAUAAUAGCAAAGGGGAAAAAGAUGUCCUGCCAAAAACUGACACCGAUGUUACGAAGAGUACGCAGGAGGAGUCUCAGAAACCAAAGUCAGCAACCCCCAAUCUUAGUGCCUGGUUUAAGGCAUUCGGUGCACCAAAGUCAAAGAAGAAGGAAGAAGAGAUGGAAGAUUCAGCUAAGAAAGAGGACUUCCAGGAGAUUCCUCAACGUCAAAGAAGACUGAGUGCUGGAGGGAGCAGUGUCAGUGAGUCAGUCUCAAGUUUCUCCCAAGAGUCUCCCCCAGGCCUAACAAUCCGAUCUCCUCAGAGUCAGCCAGCUCUCACACCCACAGCAAUCGAACAACCAAUUCGAGCUGGAUUCUACCAAGACGCAUUGUCCACUGGAAGUAGUCCCAACAACAGUCCCUACUACGCCACACCACCAAGAUACAGUGCCCAGUUACCUCCCACUCCAUCCCCCCAGAACUAUUCUCAUCCCCUAUCUCCAGCAUAUCCUUCCUCAGCAGCGUACGAUCAAAAUCCGCUAUAUCCUCAACUUCCCCAGGCCUCCCACCAGGUCUACCAAAAGCCACUAACUCCAGAAAAUCCCCCAGAAACCCUACCCUACUCCAACUAUUCCCAUAACUCUCCUCAACCCGAUAACUUUAUAAAUUCUCCCCAACAGCUUCCACCAAACCAAAAACACUCUCCAGUAUACCCCAAUCCUCAACCCUCCCCUCAAGCUCUUCCAGCCUACCCACAGAGCUCUCCCCAACCCCCUCCAUCCAACUACUCCCAACCAUCUCCUCAACAACCAACAACCCCUAACUACUCUCAACCAUCACCUCAACAGCCCACUGCCAACUACUCUCAACCCUCCCCCCAACAACAACACUCACCCUAUUCACAGCCAUCCCCCCAGCCCCCUCCUAACUACUCCCAAUCCUCCCCCCAACAACCAAAUUCUCCCUACUCACAGCCCCUUCCCUCCCCAAAGCCACCACCUUCCUAUUCACAAGUCUCCCCUCAAGCUCCUUCCCCUUACUCCCAAUCAUCACCUCAGUUUGCCCAGCUCUCCCCCCAGAACUCCACAAACUACUCUCAACCAUCUCCAGGAUCUCGAAAUUUCUCUCAACAUUCACCGCAACCACCGAGCUACUCACAACCCUCACCACAGAGUCUAAACUAUUCUCAGCCUUCACCCCAACAUCCCCCCAAAUACUCCCAACCGUCACCUCAGGCUCCCAACUACUCCCAACACUCACCUCAGCAAUCUAGUGCAUCAUCCACUGGAUACACAGCCCAAGUCUCACCACAACCAGCUAGAAUCUAUCCUCAACCGUCUCCUCAGCCAUGUACCCUGCCAGUUAGACCACCAGCAAACUACUCACAGGCAUCACCAAGACAACCGGCACAAUCAACUUCUCAAGCCUAUCAGAAAACAGAGGAGUAUGCCACUGGGGCGAAUUAUCCCCAGGGCUUUAAGGCCAAUCAUUCUUCGUAUGUACCACCAACGCCAGCUGCUCCAGUGGAACCUGAGCGACGUAUCGAUUACCUCAAACCCGAUGAGAAACUCGAGGUUUCACCGGUUCAGCAGAUAGAGACUCCCCGAAACUUCACAUCAGAUCCACCACUUGGAUUGAACCCAAAUCACCAAGUAUAUCAGUCCAGUUCCCACCAGUUCCCACCAGCAUACGGCAACAAUUAUCCAUCGGCCAGUGAUACUCAGAGGCCGGGAUCCAGAUUGAAUCCACAAGAGACUCCUCAACAGUCCCAAGAGAGGCACUUCGAUCCAGAUUCCCUCAAGUACCAACGACAGGAUCAAUCACAAAUAUUGAACUUCCAACAGAAUUUGCCGGGGCAUGAGACUAUCUAUCAACCUGCAGGCUGUGGCUUCCAGGCACCGCCGUACCCCAUGCCCAACUCAAACUGUCGACCGGUCUAUCCCAGUCCUCAUUACUACGACGCCAGUGCCAAAUCAGCAUCAGCAGCAUCCUCAGUUCCAAGCGUUGCAGGAGCCUCUACCCUAGCCCCUGUGAAAAAACGCAUGUACAACGAACCAACUAGUGACUCUCCGAGGACUCUGGCUGACCAACAGUCAAGAGGGACCCAAGAGCAAUUUAGUUACGAUCAGAUGAUGUCAUUAGCUACUUCAGAACCUGGGCAAAAUCUCGUGUCAGGGCAAUUCGAAAGUGGUUUCGGGACUUUGGAUUCAGUGAGUGGUAACUCGGCUUACGCCAGACUGGGACUCGGCUUGGUGGGGAGGAGCUCUAAGGAUCAGCAGCAACUACUUUCAAUUCCAAGACCCUCCAGCAAGGAUGCUUUGUCAUACAGGCAACCAGGUUCAUCGGACUUGGAUUUAAAUCUCCUUCAGAGCCUGCAGAAUGCAACUGCCAAGACGAUGCCAGCGAAUCACUCUAGAAGAGAACCACCACCAGCUCCAGCGCCAACCAAGGGGAGAAAAAGCAAAAAAAAAGCUCAGGCUCAAGCUCAAGCUCACGCCCAAGCCCAGGCUCAAGCUCAAGCUCAGGCUCAAGGUCAAGGUCAGCAACAGUCGGGCAUUGGUGAGCAGCCGAUGCCAGGAUUCCCCCAAUACUCUGGAAAUGCUGGUGAUCCAAUUGGACUGAAAAAUCCACCAGCAAUCCCUCCGGGAGGUAGUGCGUUUAAUUUUGCAACAGCAGCUGGUGGAACCAAUAGUUCACCCUUUUAUGACAAAGAUGCGUCAGCUGCAGCAGCUGCCUUUGCAUUUCUCGAUGAGUUCAGAAGUCCAAACGCCUAUUACAGCAUCUUGAGGCAACAACAGGGACAGCCUCAGGCAACAGCACCUGUUACAGAAGCAGGACAGCAGGCGAAUAAAUUAAAUAAUCAACCCCCCAGAAAUUAUCCACCUCACCCCUUCCUUCAUUCUCCCCAGCGAUCGGCACCCUAUGGACCACCAGUUUCAGCGUAUGUUAGCCCUCAUGGACCAAAUCUAGGGGUGGAUCCAGCUGCUUAUCAACAAUACAUUCAUUCCCUUUAUGCACUACAGCCGCCAUCACAUCAUCAUCGACCAUCGUGGCUCUAGCCGGAAAGAACAUUGCGAAAAGACAUUCUUUAUUGAGUGAAAUAGACUGAGUGUAUCUAUCAGUUUUCUUUUAGUUCAGGUCAAUAGUGAGGUCGUUUCAUACUCCUAACGAACAUGAGGUGGGUUUUAUUUUUCAAAUUAUGGUGAGAAGAACUUUUCAGAGUGCCAUGCCGUUCUUUUUUUUUCUCUGACUCUUUUCAAUUGAGAUAUCCACAUGACAAAUUUGUUAUGUAUGAAAAGGAAUUUCGACCUCGAGAUUGAAAGAUUGGAUCAUUAUUCUUUCAUUUUACUACAGGCAAUCUAGUUGUCCCACCAUUCCUUUUCUUGAAAAGAAAAAUUAUGACUUCACUGUUGAUUUAUUAUCUGUUUUUGUUCUUUUCUUUUAAAUCACAACUGUUUCUCCUCAAUGAUGCAAAUUCACGUUUUCUAUUUUAUUAUUCCCGGUGACAGUAUUUUCCUUUUUGUUUUCUUUUAUACAGUAUGACAUAGUUUUUUUCCUUGAAAAUUGUAUUGCUAGAGGAGGCUCUCUAUUUCUUCUUUUCUGUAAUUUAAUUUCUGAUUUUGUAUGCGUUUAUGGAAUAGUUAUUGAGAGAUUUUUCUUUUCGAAUUUAUAACUAGCCAAGGUGAUACUGAAGGUUGAGAAAAUGAGAACUAAGUUAUGAAACUGUAACUUAUUACAAAAUAAUCGAAGGAUUUUUUGUUGUAUUUGUGAAAUGAUGAAAUGUAAUGAGCUGAUAUUAUCAUUUGAAAAACUCAUACAAAAGAUACACAAUAAACUAUUGACGUCGGUUUUUUUUAAGUCAAUGUUUCACAGUCUGAUCCUCAAAUUUUGCCAAUAUCAGCAUCGAAACCGUCAAUAGAGCAUUUUGUAGAGGAUUAAUAGAGCUCGAACAAAUAUUGCAUCGUAUUUUAUUCUUUAAAUGUUGACAAAAUUUUGAAAAUGAAAAAUCUACUCAUCACAUUCUAUCACUUGAAUGUUUUGCUGUAACAUUUGAACGUUACCUAACUAAUUUUAUAAUUCUUUUUUUAUUUCAUGGUAAACAAACACUACACAAAUUCAGUUAGUAUUAUCUACUAUUUCCCCAUUGAGCGAAAAUUGGUAGAUGAGGAAUUCUCAAUUUGCAAUAAUCACUCUUUUCUCAUCAACGGAAUUUUAUACACAUUACGAUUCUUAAUAAUUUGAUUGUCCUCCCCCCGAUCUAAUUACUGUGUAGCUAUAUGUAAAUAAAGAUAAGUGUCCUCGGGACGUGAAUCGAAACUCUUGUUGUUUCAAGUACCAAAUAAGAAAAGUAGAAAACUACGAUUAAAUGAAAAAAAAACAAUAUAGAACAAUGAAAAAGGAAAUUGUCAAUGAAAGAUUCACUUCCAGAGAUAUUAAGGCUCUCCUGAGCUUUUAGUGUUAUUACGUAAUAGAUAUAAAAACCUACACCAAUUUUAAUGAUUUAAAUUACCAAGAUCGUUGUAAAGAGAUGGAACAAAAAUAACGAUCGAGGGACAGAUUGAAGAAUUUACUCGAUAUAAGCUUCAUAUUCAUCGAUCCCUCUCCAAACUUUGUUUUUCUGUAAAUAAAAUACAUAUCCCUAUCAUCAUGGAUCCGCUAACCAGUGGAAGAUACAUUGUGUAGACAUAGUAAGCUAAAAUUUAAUCAUUAAAGUAAAUUGCAAAAUGGAAUAAACAAGGGAAACGAGCGAUUAUUUGACAAGAGAAAUUUUAAAAAACCGAUCGUGUGUAUGGGUAGUCAUGAAAAUAACUCGUGAAGUUCUUGUGAAAUAACACAAACGAUAAAUGUUUGAACAAAGAGGAAAACAUCUCAACAAUCCCAUUACUCCCCACCAAUAUCGAUAGAAAAAUAUUUGAUAGUUAUUAAUAAAUGAAGUAUAUAUAAAUAAUAUACAUAUAAAA